GAAGCCUUCAAAGCGGCCUCUCCCUUUUCCAAGAAACGGGCCCAGCUGUGCGCAGAAAGCUGGGCUACAGCCUGACCUCACGUGCGCUGCGCAGACCCCGGGACCCCCAAGGAGGCUGGAAGCAGGACCGGAGCACUGAGCAGCAACUCGUGGGAGCCGGUCACACAGCGGAAGAGCUAACGGGGCUGUGCCAGUAAGUUGGUCUUGCUUUGCAAGGAAUAAACGUAGUUAAAGUUUUCAGGAGAGCUGCAGCCUGGGAGCGAGAGGGAGCUGCUACCUCCCGAGCCGCGCAGAGCUCAUCUGUUGCAGCAAGGUCACGAGCACCAGGUUGGUGGCACUUGCAAGAACCAGCAGCACGUCCUGGCUUCUUUUACAGCUGACGUUUUCUGCUGCAAGCUUAAUAAACGACCGCUCAGUUACGCUGUCCACAAGACCUGCUCGUUAGGGGGUCGGGUCCCAGUGCACAUCACCCGUAUUCUAGGCAAAGGACCUCAGAAAAUCUGGGUGUUCAACGUGGGCAAACGUGCUGUGCUGUUUUCAGCAGGGAGGCUUCAGCGUGGUCAGCGUUUGCUGUAACACCGGAAUGGAAAACACUGCUGGUAAACAGGCGCUCGUUAGGUUUCACAAGCACACGCGCUGAAGCGCAGAAACGCUGAGGAACUGCUCUGCUUUCACAAGUCCUGACUUGAAUCCAGAAGUUGUCUAUGUUUCAGUUUAAAUCAGCUUGCAGUUUUUAAAGGAGCUGAACAGGUUGAGUGACUCCACGCUGUGGGAGGAAUAAUCUUCCCGGGCGGCUUUAGGGAACCAAGGCCGCCAAACUGGGUGAGGAUGUCGCUGCAGACCUGACGUCUCUCUCCCAGGAUGGUUGUCUGAGCCUAGGAUUUUGGUGGCGUUUCCGAGGGUACGGAAAGAAGUCUCAGCCUGAAUGUACCAUGUGGAUGUCUCUGGCUCUGCCUGCGACAGGAGCGCUUCGCUGAAGAUGGAUGAUUUAGCUUUACUUGACCUGUUGGAGUGUCCCGUGUGCUUCGAGAAGCUCGACGCCACAGCCAAGGUGCUCCCGUGCCAGCACACCUUCUGCAAGCCGUGCCUGCAGAGGAUCCUGAAGUCCCAGAAGGAGCUCAGGUGCCCGGAGUGCAGGACUCUCGUCCUCUGCAGCAUCGAGCAGCUGCCGUCCAACUUGCUCCUCAUUCGUUUGCUGGAUGGUGUCAGAUGUGGGCAGAAUGUGUCGAGGUUUGGUUCGAUUCAAAGGUCCGGGGUCCUGUCCUCCCCUGCCUCCAUCAGGAGAGUCCCGAGAGCUUUACAACUUAACCAAUACAGGCUGGCACCGAACCCCAGGGUCUACAUGGAAGGGGUUCCACGAGCCAAGGCCCUGUACAGCUACCGUGGGCACAAUCCCGGGGAACUGAGAUUCAAUAAAGGAGACAUCAUCAUGCUGCUCCGACAGCUAGAUGAAAACUGGUAUUUGGGCGAGAUCAAUGGCAUCAGUGGUGUUUUCCCAGCCAGCUCCGUACAAGUCAUCAAGCAUCUGCCGCUGCCACCACCCCUCUGUAGAGCACUUUACAACUUUGACCUAAGAAGCAGGGACAAAAAUGAAAACAAAGACUGCCUGACAUUUCAUAAGGGUGAUAUCAUCACAGUCAUCAGCAGAGUUGAUGAAAACUGGGCAGAGGGCAAGUUAGGCGACAAAGUAGGGAUCUUCCCCAUCUUGUUUGUGGAGCCAAACACUACCGCAAGGCAACUCCUACAGACAACCAAAAGCCACCAGUCCUCUCAGUUUAAAUGUGCAUCACCUUUAAGAAUGGUGUCUCCCAAAUCAAGAGGCACAGAUUCACCAGCUUUCCACAAGGUAUCAGACUCGAGAAGGAAGAGCCUGAGACAAUUCUCAAUCACAACUGCCUUAAACACUCUCAACAGGAUGGUCCAUUCACCCGCCGACCGGCAGACCUUGGAGAUCAGCUCUCCUGUGCUCAUCAGCUCCAGUAACCCCACGGUGGCAACCCAGAGCAGUGAGAAAGGGGAAUUUCCUUAUGGCACACCUGUCCAGGUCAGUGCGUCUUACUAUCCUGCACCAGGAUCUUUGGGGCAUUCAGCAGCUAUUGUCACUCUUCCCCAUCUGCAGCAUCACAUAUCAGCUAAUAUGUGCGUGGCCCUCCAUUCCUACAUGGCUCACGGACCCGAUGAACUGGAGCUGCAGAAAGGAGAAGGGGUCCGUGUCUUUGGGAAAUACCACGAUGGCUGGCUGCGGGGAAUGUCACUUGUCACAGGAAGAGUGGGGAUCUUCCCUAGCAAUUACGUUGCUCCCCUUUUCAGGAAAUCUAACCUCCCUGACUCGAAGAUGCCUUCCCUGUAUGCCUCCUGGACGUUAUCGACCUCCUCGCUCUCCUCUCAGGGAAGCAUCUCAGAAAAUGGCCAAAGACAAAGCCGGCCUUUGAAACCGGCCUUGCUGCCCAUGCCCGUGACCUCGCCAGGGAGGAACACAGUUGUGCUGACUACCUCAGGACAAACAUCACUGCGGCGCGGACGCGGCAGCACCAGAAAGAAUGGAUCCCUGCAGAGGCCUGGGCAGCCAGGAACCCCUGUUCAUGUUGCUGGCUCCCUCAGGCGUCUUCCUGCCACUGCAGUGCGACCUCAGCAGUUCCAGCUUUACCAGCACAUCAGCCCUCAGCCGCACAGCAUCCCUUCAGGAGCUGCCAUGACUGAUGCAGGAACGAGGCCAAACUUCUCUCACGAUGCUUCACCAGCACUUGUGGUCAGAGGAGGGGAAAGCAAAACUCCUUCUGUAUGUAGUUCAGUGAACCUGGAUGCCAAAGAUCCUCCAGCAAAAAGUGAGACUGCUCCAAAGCCACCUGCAUCAGCUCCGCCAUCCAUCCUGGUGAAACCAGACACUUCCCGGAACAGCACUGAAAAGCAAGUGAAAACAGUGAGGUUCCAGAACUACAGCCCCCCGCCGUCCAAGAGGCACAGCCUGCAGCCAUCCCCGAGCCUGCCGCGCGGCAGAACGGAGCAGGGAGCCGCAGCGGAUGCUCUCUUGUCGGAAGCAAACCCGAUGGGCCCUGACUUGACGGUGCUGUACUCACCCAGGAUCAGCUCCAGUCCCCUGCACCAGCGAAGGGUGUUGCACGCAAAGGCAUCAUCGCUGGACCUUUCUGGCCAGGCGGGACAGCUGACCUUCCCUAUCAAAAAGAAUUACAGCAGCAUUUCUGCAAACUGACAGGUUAAUUCUCUCUACUUGCUUUUCCUUCACGAGUGUGCUUCUCUCCUCUGUUCUGUGAGGGGUAAGCAUCCUUUGGACUGCACACCAGCCUGCCACCUCCACCGCUUUCCCUCUCCCAUGGCUAGAGGCAGAUACUCCCCAUAUCCCUGUGCCUCUAUGCGCCACACUGCCAGACGCCCUCGGGAACUGCCAGUUUGAGUUUUGCAGAGAACUUGGGGAGCUCCCGAGAGAGCAGAAUGGGACAAUAUCUAUCACUGUAUAGGAGAGUCCUAUUUCUGAGGCACACCUCAAGCUACACCUUCCCAACCUGUCAAUGCGUCAAAUACCCAUGCCAUGCCAAGCGAUGCUAGAGGAGCCCCCAUUGACACAGAGGCUACUUCAAACACCACAGAGAAACGUGAAGUUGGGUUUGUGGCAUCCACAACAGAUAUUAUUUGGUAUCAUAUAAAGCUGCUUGUAAGAUAAUCGGAGAAGGAGUGGGAGAAGGAAGAAAGCGUGCAGGUAUCAGAAGUAGUUAAACUUGCUUCAUCUCCUGGCUACUACAAGAAAGCUCACUGAGAUCAAAACAAUGGUUCAUUACCUUCCUAAUUCGGCAGGAUAAAGAAACCAUGAAUCAAGAUCAGUCAGUUCCUGGCUUAAUGUUCAAGUUCCCUUUUGCAGGGUUUUCACUUCCAAUUUUUUUGUUAGGUGUUUUUUUGUUUGGUUGGUUGGUUGCUUUUAGUCCAUGAGUUUUAACUUAGAAUAUAGUUUAAAAGGUGAUUUGGAGAGGAAAGGGACAAUAGAAAGGGAUGUGUCAUUAUGACAGUCAUUUAGACUUUGUGGACAGGUGUUUUGGAUCUUGCUUCUCUUGGGUGGUUGGUUUCCUCUAAUUACCCAACAGCUACUUCCUAGCAGUCCCUCAGUUCACUCCAAUGCUUCUUUUUCCACCACCCAGACAUUUAGAUAUUGCUAUUUACGGGUCUAAGUCUACAUUAAGAUGCAUGAAACAUUGUCUAAAUAAUAGAAAGCAGAAAUCAGCAUUCACCGUACCACAGACCACCCUUCUGCCACAGCAGCACCAACUCUAGUUUUCAUCUGACCUCUAUUUUGGACAUUAUCCUGUGAAACCACCGAAAAAUCAGCAGAACUGGAGAGCUGUACCCAGCUAUCCAGCUGUGACUGCUGUUUAGCAAACUGGUGCACAACAGGCUUUGUUUUUCACACUUUGCUUUUAUUGGUGGUUUAGAGACCACCAAUUCCCAUCCUAGCCACAACAAACAAACAUUAGAUCUCCUAACAGCGGUUGUUGUGCUUCUUCCAGAACUGCUGUAAAGUAACAUCUUUGGUUAAUUGCAUACAAAACCCAUGAAAUUAACUCCAUUGGUCAGUGGAAACUGUGAGGCACUGGCACAGCCUCAGAGAAGGAAGUUUUCCUUGGAAUUAAGAAAAUAGAAUGGAUAAAGACAUCUAUUAGCCUACAGCACUAAUUCUUUUACCCUUUCAGACUAUUUUUCUUUUGGUGAAGCUGGCUUCUGCCUGAUCCCAAAAAGGGGAUUUUCAGUAGCACAGAAACAAGUGGUAAAACAAGUAUGUUCUUCACGUUGAACUAUCUGUCACUAUUUAAGUUCCUGAAAAAAGAUUCUGAAAUUAAAAAUGUGCACUUUGCCCAGCUAUAAAAAAAAAUGCUGUAAGCUGCAAAUAAAAGGAUAAACAUGUCUCACAGCAGUGCCACUCCAAUGACAAUCAAACAUUUCAGGGAAAAUAGGCCUGUUCUUUGCUAAAGAUUCCUCUCAUUCCCUUAAAACUAAACCAGAAAGCCUCAUAAACUGGCUCUAUAACCAGGAACAACUUCAUUUCUCCCAAACACAUUCAGAUUUCCAGGAUCAGCUCAUUUUGUAAUCUAUAGUGUUAGUUUGGAGGUGAAGGAAGGGGUACCUGCUCAUGCCUGGCUCCAGAUGAUCAUUUACUGCACGCUAAUGAAAGGAUAGAUUGCUUGGUAUGACCUAAUCUGUAAUCUGCCGAAGAAAUAACUAAUGGAUUUCAACAGCUGACCUCCCAGGAGACUCGCUGAAGACAGUGGCAUGGGAGGUCGAAGCUACACAUGAGAAUUAAUUAUGCAGAUAGAAGUGCUGGUAAAGAAGAGGGCACAAUAGAAAAUGUGAAGCAGAGGUGAAUAAAGAGAAGGGAGAGUAUGUAGAGAAGCAAGGGGAAUUUUUGUAUUUUACUGCCAAAAAAACCCCAAAAAACAAAAAACAACUCAUCUCAUAAUCAUAUGAUAGAGUCAAAGUCUAAUGUGACUGCCUGAGCCAAAGCCGCAGCUGCUGUGAACCGUAUCUGGCCCCAAGCCUGGCAGCAGUGAUUAGCACGCCACGAGCAUUGCACCAAGCUCUGACUUGCCACCGGCUUUCGCCGAGGCUCCGAGGGGAAGGUGGCAAAUGCCUUUCCGGACGCUGUUCUCCCUUUGGGCCAUGCCUGUCUAAAACACCGAGCGGUUCCCUGCAGGAAUCACUUCAGGACAUCCGUGCAGAGCCUCCCCUUGAGCCCUAGUCGGGAGCCAUGUCCUCCAGAGCUGAAGACCACCCCAGCUCCUCAGGGGCCAACCAGGGCUGGGGGGAAGGUGGAGUAUGGCUGUACUGAGACUGAGCUUUAUACACUGGCGAAGAGGGUGGGGAACCAGCGUUUUUUGCUUGCAGGGGUACAACCUGUUCCUGAACCUGCAUGGACAGAUGGACUCCCUGCAUACAGACUGUGGUUGAUGCCAUUUCCCGAACUUUUACGUUUUAAAAAGAGCAGGCAGGUCUGAGCCAAUCAGUUCCAACUCAGUAUCUCAGCAUCCCUCAAGAGCCAGGAACGAGAUGAUGAACUGGGAAGUCUGCAGCAGCUCUGAUAAAAGAUCUUCACUUGUUAUUGGCAAUUAACCCUGCCCUGGCUAGACCCUGGUGCCCGUUUCAUCAGGACCUCAGAGAGAGUAGUACUUGAGACCAGAGGAGAAUACAUCAACAAUUUCUGAAGCUCAGGAGGGAGUUCAGUGCAAUUUGCAUGCAAAUACGUAUUUAAAGAUGAGGGACAAAAAGGAAACAACAUACUGUAAUCCAUCGGGGGCUUAGACAGAAACGUAUGUUGAAGGAAAGUCACCUUGUAAAUUUAACCUACGAGUGGGGCAGAUUUUCCCACACAAGGCAGGCGUGUUAGGCAAGGCAGUGAGGAAGACUUUGAAGUUCAGUCUGGGCCUGCAAAAUGAAGUGCUUAGAAAGCAAUCUGUAGAACUGAUUGCAGCUCUGUUUCUCAUGCCUCAGCCCUGCCACCCAAGCCCACGUAUGAGGAAGUGUGUACAGAAACAUCUGUAGCCUCUUCUGUCAGAUGCACUAAGCCUCAGUGGACACCACGAGCAUCAGCAAAAUCUAAAGGUGCCCAGUAUGCCUGAGGACUUAAUAAGCCAUAAAGUCUUUCCGCAUGUCUGGGCUCACAGUCGCCAGAUCCAGCUCAUAAUAUUGUCAGUUUUGAGUAUUUUCAUGGAAUGAAACUACCCCCUUAUCCUCUUACAUCAGGAUAAACAGCAAUAAGGUUUUGUAGCACCCAUGCACAGGGCACUUUUGCACAGAGGAGCACAAUGAGUGACAGCAUCAGGUAGAUCAGGAAAUAAAAAAGCUCUUACACACGUGCACACACACACGUUCAGUCAUGAGCAAUGACAGGGAAAUACUGACAGUGAAAUUGGCACUUUGGGAAAAUAGCAAGAAGCUAUUUUGAGACAGAUCUCUCAAUCAGUUUCUUUCACAGAAUAUUUCAGUGCUUUGAUGCUAUGGUGAUAAGUGCGCUAAAUAUAUCCAAAAUAUAUACGGAGACAGAGCUCCAAACAUGACAUACUUUAAAGCAACAGAUCUAGUGAGCAUCUUGUUCCCAUUGUCCAGCCCCUCCUAGCUGUAAAGACACCUGCCCACUUGUUUAAUAUUGCAGUCCACUAGGCAAAAUGGUUAAAGUAUUCCCAACCUUCCCUCCUUGCUCACCUGGCAAUGCCGAGGACCAAGGAAAAGGGGCUAGAAUUCAGAUCUCUCUUAUGCAAAAAUCCAAGCUAAAAGAGACUUUCCUGUAGGAGCUAACCUGGGGUUUGGUUAUCAGCUCUGAGCAAAGGAAUGCCAGACAAGUGCUUCUUGUCUACGAAGUGAAGCCAAUCAUGUCAGGGAAAACAUCAACUGCAUUUAUGGUGGAAAAAUUUUCUAAUUGCACCAGAACAAAAGUGACCCUAUUCCAGAACAAUUACUCUAAUCACCUUUAUUCUGCAAGCAGAACUUCCAUGCAGGUACUUCUGCUAGCAUAAACAAACAUAUUUUCUUUGGUUCAGCUCUUCUGCUCUGCACCUUUCAUGAGCAACAGCUGACCUGAACCCCUGUUCACCUCUGGCUGUUCUCAUCCAAUUCUCUCCCCCUCAUUCCUUUCCCCUCCCUCCUCCCCCCCAACUUUUUUUUUUUUAUGGGUAGCAAUGAAAAAGGAGACAUCACAUGCUGAAAGGAGGCUGGUAGCUUUACAUGGAGGUGGGCGAGCUCUUCAAGGGUUUGUUCUCUUUCUAUAUAUUUUUAAACUACCCUCCUCUCUUCUCAUCCCCCAGACUCUCUUCAUCCCAGUUUCCCCAGAGAAGGGCGGUUAGACAUCAGUACUGUGACCCUAUUCUGUCAUUCCCGAGUUAGCCAGAAAAGCUCACCAAGGGGCAAGACAAUCCAUGCCCUCCCCGGGAACGUGUCAUCUCCGUAGCUCUGCAGACUUGACGGUCUAGAGGGACCACUCUGGCCCUGCCUGCUAAAUCGCUACCUCUGCAGUCUUCUGUUUCAGCCACAAAUUAUCACAUGAAGUACAGAGUGCAAAGAAGGUAACAUUAGGAGAGGCAAAAUACAAUUGCAGAUGAACUGCAGUGUAAUGUAUUUGUAUAAUGAAAAUAUAUUGCUCUCUGCCUUCCCAGCUGAAUGUGAAAGAGAAGGCUGAUCGCAGAGGCUCUGGCCAUCCAUAGUGUCUUGUUUGCCUGCAGAGCACAGGAACGGAGCCCAGGAAAAGCGAAUAAAGCAGUGCACUGGGACAGAGGGACCAUUAAUGAACCUCUCUCAGUUCUUGAAUAGGUCUUCUUUUCCAUCUGCUCAUUUUUUAUGCUUAGUUAAUGAAUUGGAGCCCAAACCAGAUCAUUCAUCAGCGCUUCCUUAAUUGCCUGCCUAGCCUUGUAGGAACCUGGAAAUCCUUCAGUAAGUAACCUACCCCCAUGAGCUUGAACUGCAGUCGUUUCCUGAUGAACUGAGAACAAACGAGGCAGAAGGAUGAAAAUGUAACAUAUUUAACAAAUUCUUUCCACAUUUUUCAUGCAAAGAAUGCAUCUGUACCCUAGCCAGAAGCAGCUGAUCUCAGACACAGAAGGAGAAUCAGAGCAGCCUCACAAUCCAUUCAACAACUGGACAUUUUGGGCCCAAAAUGACCACUCCCACCCUUUGCCGUGGGAGAGGCAAUAUCAAAUAUUCACUAUAUACAAAUAACCAUAAUAUUCUAUGUCAGAAGAUAAUUUUGCAAGGCUAUUUCCGAUGGAACCUGGCUUUUACAUUGCUGGCACUCUCUGCUCUCCUGGGAGCUCAAGAACCAGGCGCUGGGGGCCUGGGCUCAGUUAAAGCGUCCCUCAGGAUCAGUAUCUGCUCUGUGACAGAGGGUCUGACUCCCCCAUGGUCUGAUGGCAGCAGUCACAUAAGAGGAUGGAGGUGACAGGAAGGCAUUUAGAAUCGCAUCUUGAGUGCUGGGAAACACUAGUGAGGUGCUGCCAGAAACUCACUUCAUCGACUUCAGCAGGACGGCCGGGCUCUGAGGCUGUGCACGCUAGGAUUACACUGACCUCACACAAGCACUGCCACCUCGAAACACUCACAAACGUGGUGAGCUCCACAGGGAGCUUGCUAACAACGAAAUAAACCCUACUGGCUUGUGAUUUCUGUCUUCCAGUUGCUGAGCUUUUGAGAAUUAUAUUCCUCUUAUUUUUUUAAGAGGGGGGGAAAAGAAAAAAAGGAAGUUAAGAGCUUUUUUUGUUUUGUUUUUUUUUAUACGAUCACAUGAUACCAAGAACUUGGGACUUGAAGAAAGCAAUACUCAUAAGCUAGCAAAAGUCUGCAACACAUGGGACACCAGAUCCUUACCUCUUACUCUCUCCCAACAACCCCAUUCUCCCUUUGGCAGCUUGCAACCGAACGCAGAAGCCAGCAUUUAGGAAGAGAGCACCCAAGGGAAACCCGUGGCCUGAGAAUGAGAUGGAGCAGCAAUCAUGUCCUAUGAUAGGCAGGGUUCUGCUCUGAAAACAGCAGGAUUUAAGAGGAAGUCCAGUGGUUUCCAGUGCUGUUCAGAACGGAUCAGAAAUAGCCUUUGUUGGUAUCUUGCAAAGCAGGUGGAAGCUUACACAUCACUUCUCUUUGCCCAGUUUCUUCUAUCAUCAGCAGGUAUUAGGCAGACUUGGGCAGGUCAAUUUAUUAUGCACCAGGACCAAAUGGCAUGCAAUGCAUGUUCUCUCCUGCUUCAAGUAUUUUGCCCUGAACCAGAAAGGCCAUUUUUAAAAUUAAUACUAGGAAAAACAAUUAGGCUGUGGUGCAUUUAGAUUUCUAAUCCGUGAUACAUUCCUAGUCACCAGGUGUUUUAAUGAGCACUUAUUUCCAAAUGUUUUAUUUCCUGGCUUGAUCCUGUUUAAUUUUUCACAAGCCACCAAAGCAAAACAAAAACAGUUAACACACCAAGCAUCUCAUCUAAAUUCACAAAGCUCAAAUUAGCUUGAGAGAUAAAAAUCUGAGAGAAUAAACAGUCUUUUGAAGCACCAUCGCUCAUCCCUUUCCUCCCCUCCAGCCCUUUCAGUACGGAGCAAGCAAGAUUUGCCAUCUGGAAGUCACUGCAAACUGCAGAUGCCACAGAACUUUUCUCCAAACCACAACACAGCCCAGAAUUUUCACAGAAAAAGGAUGUCUUUACAACUCCCCUUCCCCACUUCUGUACCAAGUUCUGGGAAGAGGAAAGUCCAUAUUUUGCCCCAUUGAGAGCAAAAAGUUGACCCCCAAAUAUUUAAGUUGGAAAUACCAGAACAGCCCAGAAAUGAGUGAGCUCAUAGGUGUAUUUAUAAAGAUUUUUAGAAUGCUUAUCCACUGCCCAAUAGAGUUAUUGCAAUUAAUUUAUGUAACUACAUAUUUUUAAAGUAUAACAGCUGUAGAUUUUUUAAGCUUUCCAAUUUUUUUGCCUUAAGUCUCAAUAUCUCAACUGUUUUAAAAGUAACAUUUCAAAAUACUCAGAAAAAUCAGCAAUUAGAAACCAAAGUGAAGAGAUGAGGACUUACCAAAAAGCUUCAGUGGAAGUUUGUAUAAAUUGAUCACUUUCUGUACUUGCACCUGUUUCAAAUAGAAAGUUGUAAAGACUUCAGAAACCACUAUAUGAACUGGCACACAGGAAACAAAAGUGAUCACACUGGUGAAGACUAUACAUUUAAUAAAAGCAGAUAAAAGAUUUUCUUCAUACAAAAGUUCCAACUUAAAUACAGUUUAAAGACAAUAGGAAUCACUAAGUAGGUAAUUUACUUUGAUCACCUGCAUAACAGACGAGUAAAUUUUGUCAUCUUCUUUCUGCAUUAUGUCCAGGAAAUAUUACUAUGAAAUGUUACAAACAUGUUAUUAUAAAGGGAGAAAACAAAAAUGACUAUUUUUGUGUAUGUGUUUAGAAACAGUAGAAUAUAUAAUCUUCCCUUAUUUGGUGAUGGGUAGGAGAAUAAACAGAAUAUAUACAUUUGGUUUAUUACUCAAAGAUCCUUGUACAAGUUCAGUUAUGUUUAAUAUUUUUUCCAUGAUGUGAAGCUCAUUUUUUUAAAAGGGUUGGGUUUUUUUUUCAAUUUAACAUACUAAUAGGGAGAAAAGUCAAUAAACAAGAAAAAUUUUCUGUUUUGUAUUAACUGAGAUAUUUAUUUUGUAUUUCCAUAACUGAAAAGCAAAGGCUUAACAUUUUAAGUUUUCAGAAGUUUACUUGUCUAAGUUUAUAGCACUAAUGUUUAGGUUUGUAGUCUGUAGAUCAAUUAAGCUAACCGGAGCCGAGUGGGUUCCUGCACCUUAUACACUGGAAGCGUAAAUGGCAGAACUGAGUUGCAGAACGAGGGCACUAAAAAAUUAGCUUACUCGCAUGGUGGGGGGCAACAGGUGGAAAACAUAGGUCUUGAUAAAGUUUUCAGUGCCAGACAUGUAUUAUUCCAUCCUGUAAAAACUAUUGUGCUGACAUUAAAAUUGUUUUUGCAUGA